AUUUGAUGCUUUAGUUUUCGCAUUUUGUCUUGUUUGUAUUGUUCUGUCUUCUGCUAUUUGGGAAUGGUUAUAAGUGUAGAACAUUCAAAACCAUUGUGGCAUUGCAUGGAAGGAUUGAGCAAUCACUGCUUUAUAUGAAUCUUAAUAAAUACUUCGGACAAGCAUGCACUUGUUGCUCUACACAUUUUCUCUUCUUUCUGCAAAUCAAACAAACUACUUAGAACCACCGUCAUAUUUUACUCUUUGUUAAUUUGCUAGAAUUAUUGACACGUCAUUGAGCUUCAAGAAGUUAAACGUGUUCUAUAUUCAGUAGUUGCUGUUUCUUCCUUGGGUGUUGAUGGUUUCCUAAAAUUUUCGACAAUAUGGUAGAAUGUUAGUAAAUAAGUAUUGAAAUGCUUACAUGUAUUUCACACUCCCUCUUUACUCUGUCAUUUGAACUGUAUGGUGAAGGUGAACUAUUAGAGAUAAAGAUAGAAUUUCAGUUGUAUUUAAUAUAGUUUUCCGUCUGUGGUCUUCAUCUAUUAACCUGAGAAUUUAGGCUAAAGUAGUCAUGUUUAAAACAAAAGAAUUGCAUAAGGUCUAACCCCUACUAGAUUUGGUGUCUGAGGAAGGAAUGAAAAUUAGGUGGCAAGCUGCUGAUGGCAUUGGAAUUAGAUAAAUCAGGUGUUACAGAGACUAUGAGGAAAGCUCAUUGAUCUGAGCUCUUGAAACAAGUUGAUUAGACAAAGCAAGCAUUCAAGGAAUGGAGAAAGAGAUUAUCUGCAGGAAUGUUAGGGUCACAGCUUAGGAAAAAGAAAAUGUUAGGGAGAUCUCAAAAGGAUGACAGUACUGAAGAGGUAUGUGCUGAGGUUGUUCAUAUCACUUAAGUACAUCACAGCAAAUGUAGUAGACAGAAAUAAUGGACGGAUAGUUGCCACAGCAUCAACAGUGGAACAUGCCAUCAAAAACUCAUUAGAGUGUGGCCGCUCUUGCAAUGCCAAGGCAGCAAACGUUGUUGGAGAAGUGUUGGCUAUGCGACUUAAAGUGGAGGGUCUUGAGCAAGGACAGGGUCGAGGGAUUCAUGUUGAUGUAAACAAGGAAAUUGAGAAGAAAGGCUUUAAGAACAGGACCAAGGUUUGGUCAGUCGUCAGCGCCCUUAAGAACAAUGGAGUUAAGGUCAUACUUGAAGAUAAUGAAGAUAAUCCAUCCCGGCCAAGUUACUGAUAUCGUAAUAUCUUCACUUUUCUUGUUUGACACAGUUCAAAGAAAAGAAACAAAGGCCAGUCGAAGAUAUCUUAUGCAUGUAUCAUGUAUGCACUGAUGUUCAUAAAUAAUUCAUUUUGCUGACCAUCCCAUUUCAUAAAUCAUCUGCAUCCUUAUGCUUACAUGGCACCAAACAUGCCCUUCUGAUGCAACAGAUAACUAGGGGCGGCGUGAUUAGGCGUGAUUAUCUCACUUAAAAUCUUCCAAUAUCUCUUUCAUUUAUGUUUGGCAGCUAGGAGGGUAAUUAUGCCUUGUUGUACCUGUCAAGCAUAGUCCUGGUGAUAUUGUAACAUGCUAUUGUCAAGGGGACAAUGAAUCCACACUCUGGGACCAUAUCUAAUAUCCCCACUAGAAGUUUCAAUUUUUCUGGCAAUCAAGAAGAAAAAACGUGAUUGAAUCAUUUUGGAGAAAAAAAACUUUGUUCCUGAAGUACGUGUAUCAAAAUGUUAUCUAAGUUGAGAUUUCUGAAGUAACUGAAUAGAUUGUGAUUUGCUAAACUCCUAACAGUCUAUAAGAUUCAAACCUUAUCGACAUUGUCAACAGUCUUUGACAUUUCGGCAUUUUUAGAAGACUUUAUCUUGAUCUCGUUGGCCAUAAAUUCACCUCACUUUCAAGAGGGGGCUCCUGUCCCUGCAGUCACGGUACCUUUCCAGGCUUCCACGACCAUGUUUCCCACGAUGCUCCUUUGACAGAAAGUAAGGUUUGAAGAUUCUACAACACAGGCCACACUCCAAGAUAAAAAAUGAGAAAAAAAGACCUAAACCCUUUCUUUGGUCUAAAACUCAUGAUUAUACAUGCUUUCUUUGCACGCUGUGGAGUAAAUAUUUGUUUCCUAAGCCUAUCUUUUCAAACUUUCAGUGACUAACAUAUCAUGGAAGGACUUUUCAUAGGCAAUGGUGGGAUGGAAAUUAGGAAAUAAAGGCAAAAUAUAUGCUUUGGAAAAUUCCGCCACCCAAAACAAAAAAAGCAUCUUUCAUUGCAUUACUUUCCAAAACAUGACUCCAACACAUCAUGGAACAAGUUACUUGUUUACAUACACAUCAAUCAAUCUUAGCUCAAUAAUUCAUAAUCUAAUAAUGACA